AUGUGGAGGCUCUCACUCAGAUACCCAUUUCUCAACCCAGAUCAAAGAAGAAGACCCUUCAAAUCUAUUGGUUUUUGUAGCAUCACCAAUGCCAAAGAUAUUCAAGACAUUUCCUGGGAAAUCUCUAAGUUUCUUGGACAUGACAACUGGCGGUCUUUCAUGGCGUCCUCAGACAUACCCAUGAAGCUAAACCCAGAAGUUGUUCGGUUUGUUCUACACCAAAACCAGGACUGGACUUCUCCCGGAUCUGAUUGGGUUCUCAACCGCUGUAACAUAUCAAUGGAAUUAAAAUCCUCUUUGGACGAUAUGGGCUACCCCAUAGAAAAAAACGAAGGAAAUCCAACAAAAGUCACUUGUCCAAAAGUCCCAUUAAGGCUGCGAAAAUCCAAGGGAAGCGAGGACUACUUUGAUCCUGUGGUUAUUUCUUUCGGUCCUUAUCAUCAUGGCAAAAGAGAACUCCAGGAAAUAGACAUGAUCAAAGAUGAAGUCAUGCUCAAGUUUAUUAAAGAAUCUGGCAAAUCGUUUCCUGAAUUUUAUUAUAAGCUUAAGCUUCCCCCUUUGAUCCUUACUUAUGAUACAACAAUAGUGUGGAAGAACUUGGUAGCCUUUGAAUUGAGUACUACAUGUGAGACACAGAUUGUUAUUACAUCUUACAUCAAUUUCCUGAAUGCACUCAUUGCCAAUCCUGACGAUGUCAAAGAGCUGCGCUCAAAGCGUAUACUUCUCAACGCUGCAGGCAGUGACGAAGAGAUGUUUAAAUUUUUCAAAGAGAUAUGCACAGACUCAAUUCAAGAUAACUCAAUUUACAGAAAUGUUAGAGAAGAUAUUGAAAAGCACUGUAGGAGCAAGAUAAGGACCUGGGCGGCUGAAAUAAUUUACAAAUAUUUUAGAAACCCAUGGUCUGCUCUUGGUUUAUUUGCUGCUAUUGCUGUCGUUGUUUUAAGUUUUGUGCAGACUUACUUCACUAUCUAUUCUGGAAAAGAUGAGUGCAUGGAAUCCAUUUGCAGCUACCUCAAAAAACAGCAGAUAAAAAAUGAUUAGCAUAUACUGCUACCUCAAAAUGGAAGCCUCUAGUUACUUGUGAUAUUAAUAAAAGAUUUUUUUUUUCUUUUUAUUUUUGGGGGGGCUUCUAAAGACGCUUUGAAUUUUACACACUACUUCAAUUUAAAUUGUCAUUGGACCUAUUGUUUCUCAAUUAAUUGGGCACAUUUACAUUGUGUUGUAAUUUGUAAUAGUGUAUUGGUGUUAUUAAGUUCCAUUUAUGGCACUUCUGGUUA